CUCAGUAUUCCCAGGACUGUCCAGAGCAGAAACCAAAUAUCCCACUGGAUCAUCAGGAAAGGUCUGGUGAAAUAACGUGUGGACUUGAAAAUCCUGUAUUCAUCUCAGUUAAAGCUGAAGACAGGAUGACAAUAUACCAUAACCAUCUCCAUUUAUCUUCCUAUCAUGAAGCAGAAGAUAACAAUACCACACAAGCUAAUUUAAUAACUCCUAAUGUACUCUCAGUCCUUUACAGCGGAGAUCUAUCUUCCGAUACUGCCGGUCAAAAGAAACCUUCAUCUAAUCAAUCAUUGAUUGGCAAACAAAUAACUGGAUAUAGAUGGGGGGGAAUCUUUGGGAAACAUUUAAAAAAGAAAUCUAAUCUUUCCUUGCAUGAGAGAAAUCACAGAGAAAAAAAGUCAUUUUCAUGCUCAGAAUGUGGGAAAUCUUUUACCAGGAAAUUCAUUCUAGUUGGACAUCAGAGAAUUCACACAGGAGAGAAGCCAUAUUCAUGUCCUGAGUGUGGGAAAUAUUUUAGUCGGAAAUCGUAUGUUGUAAGCCAUCUAAAAAUCCACUUACGGGAGAAGCCAUUUUUAUGUUCAGUAUAUGGGAAAUACUUAAAUCAGAAAUCGUCUCUUUAUCAUCAGAAAACUCACGAGAGAGAGAAGUCUACUCCAUGUACAGAUUGUGGGAAAUGUUUUAGUCAGAAAUCAGAUCUUCAUAGACAUCAGAGAAUUCACACAGGGGAGAAGCCAUUUUCAUGUCCUGAAUGUGGGAAGUGUUUUAGUCGGAAACUAUAUCUUGUGGAACAUGUGAAAACUCACACCGGUGAGAAGCCAUUUUUAUGUCCUGAAUGUGGGAAGUGUUUUAGUCAGAAGUCACAUCUUGUGGAACAUCUAAAAAUUCACACAGGGGAGAAGCCAUUUUCAUGUUCAGAAUGUGGGAAAUGUUUUAACCGUCAAUCAAGUUUCAUUCGGCAUCAGAGAACUCACACAGGGGAGAAGCCAUUUUCAUGUCUUGAAUGUGGAAAAUAUUUUAGUCAUAAAUCAGGUCUUGUUAGACAUCAGAAAAGUCAUGGAGGAGAGAAGCCAUUUAUGUGUCCUGAAUGUGGGAAGUGUUUUGGUGUGAAAUCAACGCUUAUAGAACAUCUAAGAAUUCAUACAGGGGAGAAGCCAUAUUCAUGCUCAGAAUGCGGUAAAUGUUUUAGUCUGAAAUCACAUCUUGAUGCACAUCAAAGAAUUCACACAAGGGAGAAGCCGUUUAUGUGUUCUGAAUGUGGGAAGUGUUUUGGUCUGAAGGCAUUGCUUAUAAAACAUCUCAGAGUUCACACCGGGGAGAAGCCAUAUUCAUGCUCAGAAUGUGGGAAAUCUUUUAGUCAGAAAUCAAGUCUUGUUAAACAUCAAAAAACUCACUAUGGGGAGAAGCCAUUUUAAUGUGUAGGAAAUGUGACAGAUGUGGAUCUUCUUUGUAGGACCUGCUGUCUAAUGAUGCCUUCUGAUGUAUAACUUAACCCCUUGAGUAUCGUUGUAUUAAUAUAUGGUUCAGACAGGAGUACUUAAAAAAGCCUGCUGAAAACUAGUGCGACAUUCUGAUCGCAUGGGCUCUGCCAUUGUGCCCAUGCGAGUAGGUGAUAGAGAUCUCUGAUCACUGUUUAGCUCCCUGUCUGCUUCCCACAUGAUAAUUGAAAGGAACUCUUUGCACAAUAUCAAACCUAUUAGGUGGGGACUAAAGGAAAUGCAGGCAGUAGAGAUGCUGUAUGUGGUCCUGAGGUGAACAUUCCCUGUAAACCCUCCCAAUGUAUCUAUUGCUGAUAAAGGUGGUGUCAUUGUGGCCAUAAUCCGCUGGAGUCACAACCACUUGUACGGGAAGUGAUUUAUCAGUGGCUACUAUCCCAUCAUUUUUUUAUUUUAUUAGAUUGUCCAGGAGUGUUGUCUCAGUCUGAGUAAACUGAAAUAAGAAAGGGGGGGGGGGGAAUUACUUGUGUAUUAGGGAUCAUUUUCCAACUCUAACCUGUAAUUACGUUCCUUGAUGUUUUCAACUUAAAGGGAGACUGUCAUGUUGAACAUGAGCUGAAGGCAACAUUAUAGAAUGGUAUUUGGUAAGCAGAUUGAUACAUAGCUUUGUGGAACAAGAUUCAGUGUACCUCGUAGUAUUUUUUUCCUGCUCAUUCUAGGUUUUGAAGUCAAGGAGGUGGUUUUAGCUUUCAUUUCUAACUAUACACACACAGAUAGCUGAGUUUCAUGAAAUUCCAGUUUCGAAAAAAGCAUGGAUCGCAUUGACCCAUUAUGGCUUCUCAGCACAAUUUGUAUCGCUUCUCAGCAUAUAUAAUAGUAUACCAAGCCCUAAUCUACAUAGCGGACACGAGGCAUUACUGUACGUUUUGAUCAAAAUGCGUAGGCCUACUCACCACGCCAAGGUUGCCUCUAAGAGUUGGUACCCACUCUAAAUUUGAUGCAGUAAACGACCACUGCCGCUGCAACGCCACGCCAGCAGGAAGCACGACCCAGUUGUCCAACAGUAAUCUUCCGGCAGACUAAGCACCCUUGGGCUGCACCAACCCACAGCAACAACAGCCGCCAUGCAGCACCGCACCAUCUGAACAGAUGUCAAAGGCUCACCUUUCCACAUGGUCUCAGAAACUGCAAACUUAGGCCUA